CCACUGUGCCAGGCCGCAUUUUUUCUUUCAAAACAUGGCAGUGCAGAUAGCAAAGAGGAGCCCCAAGCCCUAAAUCUAAAAAUGCUGGAAAGUAAACCUUAACAUACCAAAAUAAUGGUGGUUUAGGGUUUUCCUGAGAGACCCAAGUGCUAUGCUUCAAACCUAAUCUGUCGAAUGAACCAAAUCAUCACUACAUUGCGCUGGUAAUGGUGAUUCUAGGGGUUCUCAGUGGCAAGAGUGAACUGCUCUUUCCAAACCCUAAUUUUAGCAUGAACGAAAGGCAUAUGGAUAAUGGCUGUUUAAGGGUUGUUCAGUAAGAUUAUUGUUGCUUUUCUCUAGCUCUAAUUAUUUGAGGAGUCGAGACUUAUUUGAGCGAGUCAAGACCAGUUUACACCAGGCUGGUAAUAGGGAUUUUAUCUUAGAAGUUGGUGCCAUUUUCCAUCUAUUAUCUUAAACGAAGGGAAAAUAGAAACCACGGUGGAAAUUCUGGGGAAUUAUUGACCAAUCACUUAUUCAGUUCUGUGAUCGAUGGCUGGAAACCCUAAAUCCAUGGCCGCUUUUAAUCUCACGCCUCAUAAGGUCUCAGUGUGCAUCCUGAUACAGUUGUAUUCCUCGCCAGCUUCCGGUCCAGUUCCUUUUCCAUUCUUGACGAUCCCCCAACACAAUCGGUUUGGUGUUUUCUUGUUCUCAUUGACAAAGGCUUGUGAUAACUUUUUGGAGCCACCAUUGGAAGAACUUAUCUCACAACUCAAAGCCACUGCAGAUGAACUAAAUGAGUAUUUUCUUGAGCAAUUAACGAGUCGUCUCUCUUCACUAACUUAUCCUGAUGAUCUCCAUAAUUUUUUCAUCAGUUUGCGAGGACAGAGUGAAGAUAAUCAGAUCCUAUUGGAUCCAAAUAGCAACUUGGGCUUGUUCAUUCGCCGUUGCAUAUUGGCCUUUAAUCUGCUGCCUUUUGAGGGAUUAUGCCACCUGAUGACCAAUAUCGAGACAUACUGCAGGCCAGUCUUCUCAUCAUGUUCAAAUGAGCCUCCUUGUGAGUCACCUAGACAGAAAACUAUGUCAGGAUCCGAUGAUGAUGACUACAAGAAUGAUUCGGAGUUUUCUGAGGACGAGAAACUUAAGCUUGAUUCUGAUGCUUUUGAGAAACAGAGGCAUGUGCUAUCAUUUUCUAGGGGUACCAGGAGAAGUGCUUUAGCUCACUUAUGUGGUCCAAGAUUACAUUUUGAUGUAGAUGAAGCUGAAGGAGCAGGCCGAAGACGAGCGUCAUAUGUACCGGAUCCUAUGGAUUCCCAAUACAGCCACGAUGAGGAUGGUGCCCAUGAUGAAUUAGAUCAAUGCCCAGUUAUUGAUGUACCAAGAGAUGAUAAUCGCCAUUAUGAUUUCUUACGUACAAAUUGGCAAGUGCAAGGUUACUUGAGGGACCAAGCUGAUCUCAUUGAGAGGCAUCCCAACUUGUUUCCAAUGAAUGCUUUUGAAGCCAUCCUAAAGGAGCUUCAGAAGCUGGCGCCAGAGCUGCAUCGUGCAUACUAUUUGCGGUACUUGAAUGGGCUUUACCAUGACGAUUUCCUUUCUGCUUUGGAUAAUCUGCAUCAUUAUUUUGACUACAGGUAUGUAUUCUGGAGGAUGGUAUGUCCAGGUCUGUGUUGGCUUGGCUGCCUUGUUGGGCACCCGACAGGCCUGGGUCAGGGUCCUCACAUUACAGGCCAUGCCUGGGCCGGUGCAAUUAAGAAUCAUGAUGAUUCCUGCCUUGCAUACUCUAUGGCAGCUGUUUGUGACCUUUUAUUUGAUAAAGGGGUCUCAACUACAACUGGAAUGAUUGGCUCCACGUAUUUACCUGGGGGUGAUAUUGGUAGGGGUUCUUCCUUGUCUACCCAACAACAAUUGCUGGUGCUUCUAAAGAAGUCUCUUAAGAGUGCAGAGAGUUUGAAACUAACACGGCUUGUGGCCUUCAAUCGCCUUGCGUUGGCGAAAUUUGAUCUUAAGCGUGUUAAGAGAUCAUUGGUUUCUUUUGGUCCUAAAGCGCCUAUCAAGCUGAGAUCAUGCCCUAUCGAAGUUUGUAAGGAAUUGAGAUUAAGUUCUUAUCUACUUAGUGAAUUUGGCUCAGAUGGGAGCUCGUUUCUGGCUGAUGGUAUUUUCAGUACUGCAUGGCUGAACAGUCUACAAAAAUCAGAAUUGCCAUCCAUUAUGUCAUCAGAAAAUGGAGCAAAAACCAAUGAUGAUGCAUUUUACUUUGCUGGUCAGCCAAGUCCGAUUCCUGCAUGUGUUUUGCAGCUGGCUGGAACUUCAUAUUUGCUUAAAUGUGCUUCGUGGGAAUCUUAUGGCAGUUCUCCUCUUGUCCGAUUAAACGCACUAGUUCACGCUACUUGCUUUGCUGAUGCAGCAAGUACAACUGAUCUAUGUCAGGCUUAUGUUAAACUCAUCCAGCACAUGGCUAUGUUCAAGGGAUACAAAGAAGCUUUUACUGCCCUCAAAUUUGUAGAGAAAAAGUUUUCAUCCCUAUCUGGGUCACGCAUUCAACUUCUUAAGCUUCAAUUGCUUCAUGAUCGUGCUUUGCAUCGGGGUCAGCUAAAACUGGCUCAACAAGUAUGCAAUGAGUUUGGUGUGCUGGCAUCUUCUAUUUCCGGAGUUGACAUGGAUUUGAAAGCUGAAGCUAGCCUCCGUCAUGCCCGUACUCUACUUGCUGCUAAUCAGUUUAGCGAGGCAGCAUCUGUGGCAUAUUCUCUGUUCUGCAUGUGUCACAAAUUCAAUAUGCAAGUUGAAAAUGCUUCUGUCCAUCUCUUGUUAGCAGAGGUCCACAAGAAAUCGGGAAAUGCUGUCUCUGGCCUUCCAUAUGCAUUAGCGAGUUUGUCUUUUUGCCAGUCAUUCAACUUGGAUCUACUUGAAGCCUCUGCUACACUGACCCUAGCUGAACUGUGGCUUUCUCUCGGUGCCGGUCAAGCAAAACGGGCACUGAUGCUUCUAUAUCGGAGCAUGCCUAUCCUUCUUGGUCAUGGUGGUUUGGAGCUUCGUGCUCGUGCAAAUAUUGCCCUUGCCAAAUGCCAUCUAUCAGAUUCAAGCUUUUCAGUUUUUGCAGAUCCGGGUGUUGUACUAGAUCCUCUGGGCCAAGCCGCAGAUGAACUCCAAAUUUUAGAGUAUCAUGAAUUAGCUGCUGAAGCGUUCUACUUGAUGGCCAUGGUCUAUAACAUGCUUGGGCGCACAGAGGACAGGGAAGCAGCAGCAGCUUCUUUUAAGGAGCAUUUAACUUCACUUAAUAAUCCUGAAACUUCAGGAUGGAAGAGCACUCUGACACAUCAUUUAUGAGACCAAGAGAUAUGUGCGUGCCAAAUUGAGGUGGAAACAAAUGCCCUAAUGCCUCUGGGGAUGGUGGAAAAAUGUUUUGUGGGUAAUAAAAAGAAACUGUAAAUGGGCUCAUGAUAGAUUUAAACAGGUAGUGUUGAACUAAGAAAAUGCAAUAUUUUAUGUAUACACAAUAAUCAUACUGAUAAGUUGCAUCACUCUUCAAGUCAAGGCCCUCUGAACUUUCAAAAAUUGUAAAGGUCAGUUGUCCAAGAAACACUGUUCCUAGUUCAUAUGCAAGAGGUUGUACACAAGGGAUGGAAAUGUGUUGUGUGCUAAUGUGGAUUGUCUCAGUGGUGAUUUUUUUAUGUAAAAAUGAUAGGAUGUGCAUAACAAAAGGUUUUUAUAAGAAUGAAAUGUAUAUAAUGAGACCAUUUAUUUUUGUUACAA